CACUUCCGAUCAGCUGAGGUUCAGCUGACACCGCUCGGCCACCUGGUGCUCGGUUUGUUUACAACCCGCCACCGGGCACAUUGACGGCUCUUUUAACGACGUGUCUACUUAGUUUUAAUAACUGUGUUGGUAUAAUGCGGAUGAACUGCACUUUAAAAUAAAGUAAUGGCUGCUAAAACGUGUAAAAACACAGGCAAAAUCCGACGUUCAGAGUUCUUGACGUGUUUGGGAUUUAAUGCUUAAAAUGUUGCUGUUGUUAUUUUAAACUUUACUUAGAAAAAAAAAGCGGAAUGUUUAAUCUUUUUAAUAAUAAUCAUACCAUCCAGUCAUAUGCAACAACAAUGAUGUUUACAGGCCUAAAAUGUGCAGCAGUGUGCGUUGUUUACAAGCUCGACUGUAAAGAAAUGUUCAAGACUAGUGUUACAUCUGAUUAAAUCUAUUCAGAACUUCAUGUUUAAAUCCCCUCCACGCCUGUGUCAUGUGGCCUCCAUGUGUCAAAUGAAUCUCAAUAAAGUUUUCGCGUUUUGAAGCAUCAUGGCGGCUUACACGGUGCCUGCUGCUGUCAGAUGCCCAAUAAAAUGUUUAAUUAAAGACACUGUCCUCACCUCAAAGACUAUGUGCCGUCUGUCCGCCGUCUGCACUGGAACAGGGUACACUAGCUGGAGGACAUGCAGUUCAUCUCCAGCAGCAGAUGUCUGUGGCUCUGUCGGACGCUAUGAUCGCCUCGUUCAGCGUGGCUCCCUGAGGAAAGAUGCUCAGCAGAGAGAUGUUGUUCAGCGGCUGGCUCAGCUGCAGCUCACUCUGAGGGACUACAGUAACAGCAUCUACUUGAACCCGCCUCCACCGAGGCCAGACUCAAAAGAUGACAGCGGUCAGCUCCCAGGAGAUAAAACCCAUGCAACAGCUGAGAGUAACGGUGGUGCAUCUGCUGCUGAGGAGGAACCCCUUCCACCACUACCACCCAAAGGGUUCUAUAUCUAUGGAGACGUUGGCACAGGGAAGACCAUGAUUAUGGAUAUGUUUUACUCCAGCGUGGAAAACACUCGUAAAAAGCGGGUCCACUUCAAUGGCUUCAUGUUGGACAUCCACAAAAGGAUUCAUCGGAGGAAACAAAGCCUGCCAAAACGAAGGCUAGGGAAAAUGUUCACCUAUGACCCCAUAUCACCGGUUGCCAUGGAGAUCAGCAAUGAAACCUGCCUCCUGUGUUUUGACGAGUUUCAGGUGACCGACAUUGCUGAUGCCAUGAUACUGAAGCAGCUGUUCGAGACGCUGUUCAAGACCGGAGUGGUUGUGGUGGCCACCUCCAACAGACCCCCUGAUGAUCUGUACAAAAACGGACUUCAGAGGGACACCUUCCUACCUUUCAUCGACGUGCUGAAGGAGUACUGCCACACCAUCUGCUUGGACUCUGGAAUUGACUACAGGAGGCUGGACAAGGCUGCAGCAGGGAAGCUCUACUACCUCACAGGGGAGCCUGGUGCAGAGGCCUUCUUGGAUGCGCUGUUUGAGGAGCUGGCAUUAAGACAAAAGAGUGUUACAGGUCCUCGGUUGCUCACAGUGCUGGGCAGAGACGUGACGCUGGAAAAGACCUGUGGCUCCAUCGCUGACUGUACUUUUGAUGAGCUCUGUGGCAGACCCCUGGGUGCCAGUGAUUACCUGGAAAUGGCACAGCUCUUUGACACCGUGUUCAUUCGCCAUGUUCCCAUGCUGACGCUGACUCUGAAGGACCAGGCCAGGCGCUUCACUACCCUCAUAGACAACUUCUACGACAAAAAGGUGAGAGUGGUGCUCUUGGCGGCAGCUCCUUUAGAUCGGCUGUUUGUCCACAGUGGAGGGGAAGAUGAGAGGGACCGACAACUACUGGAUGACCUAGGCCUCAGCGGGAAGGCAGCAGAGCAACUGACUCUGUUCACAGCUGAGGAGGAGAUCUUUGCCUUCCAGAGGACCAUUUCCAGACUGAUGGAGAUGCAAACGGAGUCAUACUGGAUGGAGGGGGGCCGCAGUCACAGCAAGAAACACAUGAACACUUAACAUCCACUGCCUGAUAAGCAUAUACCUCCAGACAACACUGUACCUCAGUAUAUCCGAGUAAGAUCUGAUAUCCACAGUAAAUAUAUAACUAUACAAAACUACAUAUCUGUUUUGGGUUUUUUUCAGCAUGUGUGUUUUACUGUCUGAUCCUCCUCUGUGAGGUGUGCUCUCUCCCCCUUGUGGACUAUUUUUUAUUUAAAAAAUAUGGAAACCUCUCCAACAUGAGAGAACCACAAGGCAAACAGGUGCUCACUUCUCAGAGAGAAAGAGGACCAAGUGUCACCCUGAGUAAUUGUCUGCCGCCCUCUAGUGGGUGAAUGUGAGAAGGGUCAAAUAUUCUCAAGCUGUUCUUGUUUUUAUAAAACUAUGUCAGUCUCAACUGUAUAAAACAAAACCUGGUGUAAAUUUAAAAUAUAAUGCACAAUAUUAAUUAUGUGUGUUUGAUGAGUGAAACUCGAAUUCAGGGAAUUGUUGAGGCAUCUUUAUGUUAAGCUCAUUGGCUGUUACAUCGGUAUUGAUGUAUUCCAGGUUUGGAUCCUUAAUCAGGUAGAACUGAUUUCAUUUUGACUUCGACUUAACUGAAGAGGUUUGACUACAGUUCUAACACUGUAACACUUUGUUACUAUCUGGGAAAUUUGUCUUGCAUAAUUAUAAGAUAGACAUACGCAACUGUAAGCUGUAAACUGCAGUAAAACACAUCAGUAUAAUAAAAUUGACAGUUUUUGCACA